AUGGUGCCUGACCUGCUGCUGUGCUUGGGCUUCGGUUACGCGGCGGCCCUCCAACCCACGUGCCUAUCGGCUCAGUUUAGACGACCUGGCGAUUACAUCGUAGGAGGCUUGUUCCCUUUCGGAACCGACGCCGUCAACCUGACGGCGCGAUCAGAGCCCACGCGGGUGGCGUGUGAAAGGUUAUUCGUAGACGGGCUGAUAUGGGCUCUUGGGAUGAAGUUUGCUGUUGAGCAGAUCAACAAUUCCACUGCGCUUCUCCCGGGAGUAAAGCUGGGCUACGACAUGCACGACACCUGCUUUGAGCCCCUGGUGGCCUUGCAGCCCAGCCUGCUGUUCCUGAGCCGCAACGGCACCGCGGGCGUCGGGGCGCUGUGCGACUACACCGGCUACCAGCCUCGCGUGACCGCGGUGAUUGGACCACACAAGUCAGAUCUCUGCCUGGUGACGGCCAAACUGUUCAGCUUCUUCUGGAUCCCACAGGUCAGCUAUGGAGCCAGCAGCGAGCAGCUCAGCAACACGGAGCUGUACCCAUCCUUCUACCGUACUGUCCCCAGCGAUAAGAACUUGGUGGAAGCUGUGGUCCGGCUACUGAACAAGUUUGGAUGGAACUGGAUUGCCACCAUUGGGAGUGAUGAUGAAUACGGCCGAAGAGCCCAGGGGCUCUUCUUAAGCGUAGCUGGAAAUCACAGCAUCUGCAUCGCGUUCGAGGGGCUAAUUCCUACAGACCUUGCAGACCCCAAAGCCAAAACCCAACUGGAAGAUACCAUUACGUUAAUUAACAAGACCAAAGUCAACAUCAUUGUCCUUUUUGCCUUUAGUCAGCCAGCUCAGGCCCUGCUGGAACACAGCAUCAGGAUGGGACUGAGCAAGAAAGUCUGGAUUGGCACUGAAGCCUGGAUGUUGUCCGACACAGCUGCCUCCAUCCCAAAUAUUCAGAGCAUUGGGACAGUCUUAGGCUUUAUUAUGAAAGCAGGCACAGUCCCGGGCUUCCAGAAAUACGUUGCCGACCUCUUUACCUCU